CACCGCUGCCUUUCCCGAGAUCGUUGCUGUCAAUAGCUUCCCGCCGGCUCCUGCGUACACAGGGCGCUUCAGCAGCCCCGGCGCUGCUCUCUCCUCGCCGCCAUGGACAAGCCAUCCAAUCCCGCCAUCGUUUCGCUGGCCCCGCCGGCCGUCUCGUCGCUGCGAGCCUCGCAGGCCACGGCCAUGGCAAGAUCUAUCAGCCAGGACAUCCGGGAAGAACGCGAGGAACUGCGCGAGGCCGCCGAGCAGACGCUGAAUGCGAUUGCCUACCUCAACCUCGAUGGCACCAUCAAGUGGGUCAGUCCUUCGUGGACUGAUGUCGUUGGCACAACGGUCAAGUCGGUCGAAGGCGUCCCAAUUUCCGAUUUGAUAGCCAGCGAAAAUAAGUGUGUCUUUACAGAUGUGGUCGAUUCGAUGAAGAGGGACGACUCCAAGAGCCACAGGGUCCGCUUCUCCGUCAUCUUGGGGCCCCUCUCAAAGCUGCGGUCGUUGGACAGCAUUGGGGCUCUUGAUUCAUCAGAUGUCCCACCGACGGAGAUGGCCGACCUUGAAGCACAGGGCAUCAUGGUAUAUGACAGCGUAUCGGGAGGUGAAAGCCAUACAAUGUGGAUGAUUCGCCCAUGGAUACCCCAUGAAGUUCAAAUCGAUCUCCCUGCCGUGAUUGUCGACUCCCUAGGCUCAGGGGCCGAAAUCCUCGCUGGCAUUCUCACUCGCAUUGCUGAAGCCGCAAGCGAGGAAUCAGAGGAGCCAGAACCUCCGCCGCCCGUUCUCUGUCGCAUCUGUGAGCGUCAGAUACCUCCUUGGUGGUUUGAAAAGCAUACCGACCUGUGUCUACAAGAACACCGGGCCGAAAUGGAUGUCCAAAUGGCUCAAGAGAGCCUAAGUGAACAUAGAAAUGCCAUCGUCAGGGUCCUCGACGCAUUAGAGACACGCAAGAGCCGAUCUCUAUCUGGCGACUCGCCUAAUCUUCCGGUGGCCGAAUACAAGGGCCAGCCCAUUGGCCCUCCGCCCUCAGCACAGUCAUCCCCGGGGACUUCACUGGCUCGCUCACGGGAGAGACCUGGCGGAUUUGGACAUGCUAGAGCCCGCUCCUUUGCCAUUCGUAGGCCGCAAGCCCGUAUCGUGGAGCUCCUGCUGGAUCUAUGCGAUACCGCCAUCGAAAUUAGCUGUCCAGGGAUCAAAGAGAGUUCUUCGCUGCAUGGCCACUGGGAAUUACGCACCCAGUCGCCUCAAUCAGAAUCAAGGAUCUCACAAGUACUCCAAUGGCAAUCGCCUAGCUCAAACACUCUUGAGCAAGAACAAGGCCUGGCAUUGCUCUGCGAAGAUACAGAAAAAGCCGCCCGAACCAAGGUGGAUGCUGUCUUUCGCCAUCGACAGAUUAUCGAAUAUGCAGAAAGAAUCCGGAUUGAAUUCGCGGUUCUAGUGCAGGACUGCAUUGAUGAGGCGACCAGGAAAGCUGCUCGCAUUGCCGAGGGAAGGUUUAGUGAUUCCAGCGAAGACGAACUCGAUGAGCAGCAGCUGCCAGACACAGAAGAUAUUGACGCAAUUGACGCGAGAAGUGAAGUAGACGAACCACAGAGCCGUACUGGUGACGAGCAAUUUGAACACUCCAUUACAAGCCCUUCUGCCUUGGCAGCCGCUCUUCGGCAGGUAGAUAUGUCUGGAGGGCUUGGCCGAUCUCGUCCGACGUCGUUCGUGGGGUCUACUAGAUCUAGCAGCCCUAGAGAGUGCCCAACUCCACGAUCCCAUCCGGGAGGAUUGAGUAUUUUGAACCAGUCUCGAGAUUCGCGACGGGGGUCUACUCUCCCGGUUGAGAGUGACAUUGGCGAGAGCGAGGGAAGUUUGCGAUCAUCAUCGGUGGCUUCCCGAGGGCCUCACAGGACUGAGUCUCCCAUUUCUGACUUUGGCGACCUUCGGCGUGCGGCCAGCUCAAGACGGCAUAGACGAAGCUUGAUCAUACCAGAAACGUCCUCCCCCCGGCGGCAAGAAUCCCCGUCGCGGAUGAUCACACAGCCUUCCUCCCCUCUCCGGAUCAAGGCUCGAGUGAUACCCCUGGGACACGAAGGGAUAGUUUCUCCUGAAGCGUCACCAAUGUUCCCGAGCAGCGAGUUCAGCUCUCCAGUUACACACCCGUCCAGGCACCACAGGAGACAAUCGUCCGCAGCCAUUUCGGACUUCGUUAUGAAGCCACCGCCGUCUCCGCGUCUCAACGCCAAUAACCAACCACCCCCCCAGCCACGAUCGUCGCAGCCGUCGAUUAAGGAUUUUGAGAUUAUCAAACCCAUCAGCAAAGGGGCCUUUGGCAGUGUUUAUCUCUCAAAGAAGAAGUCUACUGGAGAAUAUUUUGCCAUCAAGGUAUUGAAAAAGGCAGACAUGGUUGCCAAAAAUCAAGUUGGAAAUGUCAAAGCGGAGCGUGCUAUCAUGAUGUGGCAGGGGCAAAGCGAUUUUGUUGCAAAGCUGUACUGGACGUUUUCCAGCAAAGAUUAUCUAUAUCUUGUUAUGGAGUAUCUCAACGGAGGCGACUGCGCCUCUCUCAUCAAGGUACUGGGCGGCCUUCCUGAAGAUUGGGUCAAAAAAUAUCUGGGAGAAGUUGUCUUGGGAGUAGAGCAUCUCCAUGAGAGGGGGGUUAUUCACCGAGACCUUAAGCCUGAUAACCUGUUGAUUGAUCAAAAGGGCCACUUGAAGCUGACUGACUUUGGACUUUCACGAAUGGGCUUGGUAGGUCGACAGAAGAGAGCUUUGAACAGUGAUCACGCAGAUUCCACUCCAGAUUUGCUCAAACAGGGCCCCUUUGUUCGGUCCACGUCAAUGGCAUCUUCUCGAUCAACUUCGCUCGAUGUUCAGGGCCACUCACCGGGUGCAACUCCCCAAAUGACUCCAGAUCCCGGCGGCCCAUGGCAGCCGUCAUACUUUAGUCUCGGCCCCGCGCAGCAGCCAGAUCCACGCCGCAUUUCGAAUAGCCAUCGAAGCGAUAGCGGUGGGAGUGAGACAUUGAGCCGCAUGCUUACAACCUUUUCCAUCCACGACCUCGAUGCCGGCUCUCAGCCGCCGAGCGCAAGGUCAUUCUUAGAUGAAGAUGCUGUAAUUCAUGCUUCGCCAGACCUAGCACCCUAUCAAUCUAAUACCAGGACUAGUAUGGACAGCCACAGCAGGGGCUCCCUCCCUCCACCAGGCAUGGUGCCACCCCCUAUGGCACUAUUCGACCCAGAGGAUACAAACCGACGGUUCGUCGGAACCCCAGACUAUCUAGCUCCAGAAACGAUCAAGGGUGAUAAGCAAGAUGAGACAAGUGACUGGUGGUCCGUCGGAUGUAUCAUGUUUGAGUUUCUAUACGGCAUCCCCCCAUUCCAUGCCGGUGAGGCUGAGCAAGUAUUUGAAAACAUAUUGGCCCGAAAGAUUCAGUGGCCGGAUGAAGCGGACUGCGAACCUGUAUCUGACGAGGCGAAGGAUCUAAUCAAUAAGCUGUUAUGUAUGGAUCCACCGCUGCGCUUGGGAUCUAAUCGCGAGGAUAAAUUCGCUUCGGGCGGUGAAGAAAUACGUAACCAUCCUUGGUUUGAGGGCGUCAAUUGGGACAGCUUAUUGGAAGAUGAGGCACAAUUUGUUCCUCAACCGGAGAACCCUGAAGAUACAGAAUACUUUGAUGCGAGAGGCGCUGUCCUCCACUCAUUUGUAGAGGAGAUUGAAGAUCAGACGUCACCGCAAUCGUCUACAGCCGGGUCGAAUGAAUACCCAGAUAGGCCCCACGAUGCCCUUUCACGAGUCCGUUCGCAGGUGAACUCGAUGGGAAGAAAACUGAUGCCACUACAUAUCCCUCCUCAUGUGCGAGACCUGAAGUCACGGAGACUGAGUGAGCCCAUUGCUGCCGAUGACUUUGGCAGCUUCUCUUUCAAGAAUCUUCCGGUGCUGGAAAAGGCAAACAAGGACGUAAUUCAGAAGCUCCGCGCGGAGGCACUGGCGGUCCAGAGCAAGCAGGCCUCUGUUAGUCCCGGAGGGCUCGGCGGAGGCAUGCCAUCCCCAGCGCCCUCCCUGGAAGGCAGCCCUGUAGUAGCAACUCACGUCCAAAGAACUUUGUCCAAUGCAAAGGCUGGCAACCGCCCACAGUCCCCGUCUGGUAUUAGCCUCGCAACUGCCUCUCCUAACAGGAUCUCUCAGGUUUCGCAGCCUUCACAGCCGUCAUCUCCUUUGAUGAACUCUUUCAUAGCUGGACAUGGACCGCCAGAUGGCCGUAGAAAGGCAUCAAGCAACUCAUCUAGCUUGUCUUACCAGUCAACAUCUUCUUCUCUGCAGCCAAAUGCUGCCGCCAUUGAUGUACCAAAAGUGCCUCCCAGCCUGCAGAGAGCUGCAACAUCUGCAGCUGCGUCGCCGGUUAAGCCUCGUGGCGGAGGAGGCACCGCACCACCUCCGCUGGCUCUAUCUCCAGGAAAGGUGUUGUCAACGCCUGUCCGGCAAGGAAGCACAUCUUCAACGAGCCGGUCCAGGUCGUUAACCGUAGGAUCGCAAGAGGCUAGCCCUAUCGCAACGGAUAUGCUCCAGCAUCACCACCGUAACCGUCGGAGCCAGGUAUUUGACAUGUCCCCCUCAUCAUCUGAUAAUGAGGGAGAUAAGCAUAACGCCCUCCUGAGGGUUCAGAGGCGCCGACAAAGCUCACGACGACUUUCCCAGAUUGCCUUUGAUAGCGGUCCCACGUUCCGACCUCUGGAUGUGCUAAUCUGCGAAGACCAUCCUGUGUCACGAAUGGUGAUGGAGAAACUGUUGGAAAAGCUACGCUGCCGCACCAUUUCCGUGGCUAACGGGUCGGAAGCGGUGCGAUUCUCGAUGAGCGAAAUCAAAUUUGACAUCAUCUUUAUUGAAUACAGGCUCCCGCAGAUCAACGGAGUUGACGUCGCCCGUAUGAUUCGAGAGACCAAGAAUGCCAACUCACACACGCCAAUUGUAGCCAUUACAGCCUAUCUAAAGGAGCUGCAGGCCCCACACCACUUUGACUCUCUGAUCGAGAAGCCCAUCAGCUCGUCGAAGCUGUCGGAGGUGCUCCGAGGCCUCUGCCAGUGGCAACCUGAAUCCCCUCACAGGCCACCCUUGACAUCCAUAACAGCGGCUAUUCCUCUCAAUCUCAGGAGGGCACACCCACGUCAAAUGGAUGACAGUCCAACGUCGAGCAUCUCUGCCUUUAUAGGGCGGCAUGGGUCAGCCAUGGUGUCAAGUCGAGAGGAUUCCAUCGCCUCUAGCAUGUUCGAUUCGGAAUCCUAUACUACGGAAGACAUCCCCGUAGUCAUCAGCCGCAAGGCGACUGGCGACUGGGAAGACAGCGGCGGCCUCGGAAUCAGCGACAUUGACGCAACACUUGGGCUCGACAAUCCGACUAAAAGUACACCCUCGCUCGUGUGUCAGCAGUCGGCACCAGCACAUCUGGAAGUCAUGUCACGCGGCUUAGAUAAUCGGCUCAAGGUCCGGCACGAUAUCUUUGACAAGAAAGCUUUAGAAGGCACAGAAUCGGCGGAUGACGAAGACGAAGAGCUUGAGGGCAGGAGAGACAUGCAGCUUCGGCGAGGGAGCAAGGCUAUCAUUGGAAAAGGCACGCUGCCGAGCUCCAAGCUGGGCAUUGAAAUGAUGCGAGCGGAUAGUCACGAUAGCGUCACAUUAUCAGACAGUACAUCCGAGGCUGUAACGCAGGUAGCAACAACGCCCUCUCUAGAGUUGGAAAGGCAACUAGUUGGUAUGCCUCCCGACCUAGCAGUGGUGCAGAGUACGCCAAGCAAAAUUGAUGUAGCUGGCGCUGAGUCAGAAGAUGCGUUUGUUCCCGGGAGCGCUGAAGCAACUCCAAGACCGCCUGCAGGUGUGGCUGAUGCAGACAGGACGGGCAGCGCAACUUCGGUGGUAAAAAUCCAACUAGAUGGAGAGGACGAGACAACGCCACGACCUCUGGGGAAAUAGGAACGACAAAUACUUCCCCCUUUUUUUUAACGAUUAUUAUGUAUUCGUCUCAUUCUUUUAUCAUUCAUCUUCAAUUCACAUUUUUUCUUCUCCAAGCCCGCUGGAGGAAAAUCUUGUUCUCUUCCCUUAUCGCGCCUCCUUUUUUUUUCCAUUUAUCAAAAUGUACGUUGCUCAGAGACGAGUGGAAACGACCAAAAGAAAAAAAGUCACAUCUUUCUCUUUGUCUGAAACGAAAUAGCAGCGAGGCGUUAUAUGGGAAAUGGCGAUUCAAGUUGAAAUGCAAAACGGAGCGAAUGCAUUGCUUAUCUGACGGGAUGGAUGAUGAUUAAACUGAGGAGCCUCGCUGUCCCACUCACCCAUUUCCCUUUCCCUUUCCUUUUUUCUUUU